UUCAUGCAAUAUUGGGGGAAAGUAAAAAAGGGUAAAGCAAUAUAAGCGGAUAUUUCUUGUAAAAAGCUAUAACAUAUUGUAAAGCAAAUGUACCAUUCUUUAUAAAGUCACCAGCUUAGCGCUGAUAUGGCUGUAGCUCUAUUUAUGAUGUCCUCUGCACAGAUCUACUCUGACAUUGACAUAUUAUUACUUAUUGGAAUGUCUGACCUUCAGGGAGCACAGAGGGAGGAUGGUGAUCCUCAGAGGGAAGGAAAGGAAGUUGUUGAGGAAGAACCGGUGGCCACACCCAAAGAGGAGGCCAAGAAGGGAAGGAAGGCAAAAAGUAAGAGGAGUGGCAAGAAGUCAAGGAAGCUGGGCACUGACAAUGAUGCAGUCUCCAGGAAUAAACACCUGGAUAGAGGAUCUGUAAUUGAGCUCCUGGAGAAGAAAGCUGUUAAGGCUGCAUUCGGCCCAGGCAACAAGGAUGAGAUGGAAUACUCCUACCCAAUCCUCAUCUCAUUCCUGCGCAAUCUUACUGAUGAGCAGUGGCAAGUGAUCUACAAAGGACUAAAAAACCCUAUGACGAAGGAACAGCUUGCCAAAUUGUGCAAGACAAUUGUAACCUUCAUCGCACAGACCACCCUGCAGAUCCUGCUGCCAGCCCUGGCCCGCGUACUUGGGGUAAAGGACUUUGCUGACGACGACACUGACUCACCCAAGAGGGGUGGCAGUGCAAGAUCCUUUGCUGCCUUUGAUCAGGAAAGACUGGAGCUCAUCCAGGAAGUUAGAUAUCUGGCAAAGAAAAUGUAUAAGGGCGGCACAGGGGCUCAACAUCUCAGGUCCCUAACACCCUCUUCUAAGAGUUCCCAGACCUCAGUGAAAGUCCUCCUGGGAAUGACAGAGGACAAAAUCAUCAAAAGGGUCCAGGAGCAACUGUCUGAUCAUAAUAUCCUGUCCUCUUGCCCACCUGAGCUGACUGUUGGUCUUAUCAAGGUGGUGGUCGAACAGCUUAACUCUGCCCUCGCUGCGACCAUCAGCAGAGCCAUUUCAGGGCGGUCCUCCCCUAUUUCUUCUGGUACCCAGGCCGCUGAACAAAUGGUCAACAUGGUCCAGAAAUGUUUUGAUGAUCACACCACCCCAGAGGACCAGAGCUCUACCUCUGUAUUAGAGUCAUGCAUUCCACCUGCAACAGAAGAAGUGAUGACUGUUAUCGCAGAGAUGAGGAGCUGA